AUGUUCAUACGUAUAGCGCAAUUGGCGCUGCUCUUGUGCUUUGCACUGCUGGUGCUCGGAGCAGAGGACUACUACAAGUUACUAGGUCUGAAGAAAGACGCCUCCGAGCGCGAGCUCAAGAAGGCCUACCGCAGUCUGAGCAAGAAGUUUCACCCCGACAAGAACCCUGGAGAUGAGAGCGCGAACCAAAAGUUCGUUGCAGUCGCCGAAGCCUACGAUAUCCUCAGUGUCGAAGAAACCCGCAAGAUCUACGACCAGUAUGGCCACGACGGUAUCGAGCAACACAAGAAGGGCAAUGGUCCGGGCCAGCGUCACGACCCCUUCGAUCUCUUCUCACGCUUCUUCGGCGGCUCAGGCCACUUUGGACACCACGGUGGAGAGCGACGAGGCCCCAGUAUGGAAGUUCGUGUCGCCAUCCCUCUUCGCGACUUCUACAACGGACGCAAGACCGAGUUCACAAUCGAGAAGCAGGCCAUCUGCUCUGCAUGUGAGGGAUCCGGCUCAGCAGACGGACACGUCGAGACCUGCGACACCUGUGGCGGACGUGGUGCAGUUAUUAGACGCCAACAACUCGCGCCAGGGCUCUUCCAACAAGUCCAAAUGCAGUGCGACGCAUGUAACGGCAAGGGCAAGACGAUCAAAAACCCGUGCCCCAUCUGCCACGGCAGCAGGGUCGUUCGUGAAUCUGAGACGCACGAACUCGACAUCGAGAAGGGCAUGCCAGACGGUGUGCGCAUUACAUACGAGAACGAAGCUGACGAAAGCCCCGACUACGUCGCCGGAGACCUCAUCGUGCACCUUGUUGAAGCGGAUGCAGCACUCGGCGCCCAAGAUCACGAACGUACAGAUGGCACCUUCUUCCGCCGUCGCGGUCCUGAUCUGUUCUGGCGCGAAGUGCUCUCGCUGAGAGAAGCGUGGAUGGGCGACUGGACCCGCAAUGUCACACACCUUGACGGACACAUUGUCAAACUAUCCCGCAAGCGCGGUGAAGUUGUGCAACCCAACACCGUCGAGAUUCUGAAGGAGGAGGGCAUGCCAGUUUGGCACCAGCAGCUUGAGAAUAACGAUGGGCUGCAGUAUGGCAACCUCCAUGUUGAAUAUGUAGUGGUGCUGCCGGAUCAAAUGGAAAAGGGCAUGGAGAAGGACUUCUGGGGCGUGUGGGAUAAGUACAGGAAGAAGAGCGGUGUUGUCCUUGACAAGGCGUUGAACAGACCAGAGGGAGAGAUCAAGAUGCCAGACGCUGACGGGCAUGAUGAACUAUAG